CUCUGAAGAAAUUGGUCAAUGACAAACAAGACAAUUGGGAUGUGUUUUUGGAAGCAACAUUGUUUUCACUUAGAUCAAAAGUACAAACCACAACAAAAUACUCUCCCUUUCAACUGAUGUAUGGGAGGGAGGCAGUAUUCCCCUCAGAAGUGCCUGUAGACAUGCCGCUUUCCAACAUUAUUCUUCCUGGGGAAGCAAGUUAUGGGGCAUAUGUCACCAAAAAGAAGGGGUCAAAGGAGGCAACAGAAGCAAAGGCCGCAGAAAACAUUGCCAAGGCACAAGAAAAGCAACAAGAGGCAUCUGCUAAAAAGGUACACAAAAAGCACCAACGAAUUGUGUACCGUGUUGGUGAUUAGGUGCUGCUAUACAACAUGAGGAAGCAGGGAAGGAAGGGAGGGAGGAUUGAGCCGGAUUUCUCCGGACCUUAUGUAAUUGCAACACUGCGUGGCAAACUUGUCACAUUGACAAAUUCUGUAGGAAAUACUUUAAAAAACAAAUAUAAUGUGGACCACAUAAAGCCCUACAUGAGGACCCAAAAUGAUGACAACUCCACACCAACGAGACCAUCAGUCAUUAAGUUAACAUCUGUUAUUCAAGACCACGAUGUCAGAGAGCAUCCACAAGGUUCUGCAUCAGUACAGGAAAACAUACAAGAAAGAGUUCAAAUGAUGUGGGCUGCAGAAGAUCAGGACCAAGUGGAAGCAGUUGUUGGACCAUACACAUUGUAUGACUCAUCAUUCAGGACUCUGCAUGGAAAUGAGUGGCUGUCUGAUGAGGUUAUUGAUGCAUACUUGCACUUGCUGACUGGAAAACAACAGAAACAUGUUCACCACUUAAGUGCAGUGGUUGCCACUGCAUUGUUUUCUGGACAGCUGCAGAAACUCGGAAAGAUGAAGUUUCCCGUGGAAAACCUGUGGUUGUGCCCUGUGAACGUUGGAGCUCACUGGAUUUUAGUGUUUAUACUGCCACCUGCUCUGGAAGACUACGCUAGACCAUCAGAUCAAAUUGCUGAACAAACAGCGUACCAAAAUGGUGCCGCUUCACUCAACUGGAUGGUCAGGCUGACUGCAACCGUAGGCCUACUGAAUAGAUGGCAGGGAAGCACAGCACACGGGAAUUUAUAAAUGAAGAAGAGUGAAUAAAUGCACUUGCUUUUCAAACUGAUAACAAGUUGUCAAUGGUUAUUUAUGCAAGCUUG